AAAACGAUGAUGCAGUAAAACAGGUUAAAGAUGAAAUUGGGAAUAAUAUAGGAGCCAAACUUCCUGAUUUAACAGGGAUAAAAACAAAUGUACAGACCUCUUUUGAUAAAAUGCAAACCAAAGUAAAAAAAUAUGUUACUGACAUAGAAAGUUUCAAAACAGAAGCCAAAGACGGUAUAGAUAUUCAGUCUUACAAAGAUCAAGCAAGGGAUUUCACAGACACUGCACAAUCAUUCGAUAAAUACAGGCACAUUGGCGGCAAUGUCCUCGGAGGAAUCAUAACACUUAUCGUUCUCCUGCAAUUCUUCGGCAUGGUUUUUGGCUCGGUCGGUCAAGGUCUGAGGACUCUACCAGUAGAUAGGGGCUGUGUCUCAAACUCGGGUGGUAACAUGUUAAUAGCGUCUGUCGCUUUUAUCUUCUUGUUCUCUUGGCUCCUCAUGUUGUUGACGACGCUCACUUUUUCGGUCGGUUCUAUCCUUGAGAGGUUUGUUUGUCAGCCGUUAUCACCGCCAGAUUUUGAGCUCCUUAAAGUUGCUGACAAACAGUUCGACACUAGGAAAAUGUUUGGUUCCUCAUUGGCACAAGUGCUGAAGGAUUGUCGGGAUGGAAAGGCGGCAUAUGAAGCAUUCCACUUAGACGCUAAAGGCUUCAAUUUAUCUGACCUGGAUACAACUCUAGCGGCACAGUUAACGAGCAUUGAUACAGAAAUGGACAAUGCUUUAAGUGGUUUGAGCGGUAGUAGUGGAAUAAGUGCUGGAUCAGCCGUGAAUAAAGCCACUCAAAGUCUAACUCAGCUACAGACUGUACUCAAUGCCUUGGAUUAUACUGUCAUUGAUAGUAUGAUGGUCGUGCUUACAACACUACCGGUCGUGGAUUCAUCAGUGACACACUACAAAACCUCCAUGAUUAAUUUGGGAUCGGCCCUUAAAGAUUUAAAAAAAAUUAAAGGUGAAGUUCAGAAGUGGAAAACUGAGUUUAGAGCUAGUUUAAUUAACGUGAGCAGUCAGAUAGGAUCUAAAAUGACAGAGAUAACAAAUGGAUACAAACAGGAAAUUUUGGAUAUAGCAAAUGAAUAUGUAGACAACACAAAAGACUCGAUCAAGAAUGGCGUUGGUCAAUGUACACCAUUAUGGAACCUUUAUGAUUCCAUUAUAUUGACGUCAGUGUGCAAAUACAUUGUUGAUUCAUUCAAUGGUUUCUGGUUCUCGAUCGGAUGGUGUUUAUUCUUUUUCGUUCCAAGUAUUGUAUUUUCUGUAAAGCUUGCCAAACAUUAUCGCACCAUGAACAGUGACGCAGAGUCAGAUAUACCUAAAGGUGACACAAAUAACGCUUACGACUCCAGUUCAAAUGAUCACUUUAGAAGUAACAAGGUUGGACACUCGGAUAUUCCUGACAGUCAGUUUUAAAACAGACGCCCGACAUACAACAUGGACUAGUUGGGAACGAACUGAACUUUUAUUUCAAUUUUCUUAUUAUUUUAAAUUUUUGUAUGUCUUAAAACCAUCCUAUGCCAGAAGAGAAAAAUGCUAUGAUAUACGAGCAAUCAGCUACCAAUCAUGUUAUCAUAGUAUCAAAAAAUGAAAAAUACGAAAAAAAUUAAAAACUCUUAUUGAACGUGUAACUGCACCAGCGUUUUUUUACACAUAUUAUCUCUUUACCACUUAUGUCGACAUGUUUAUGUUAUAAUUUUUGUCUCCCGUUUUUAUGAAGAAUUAAUGUUUUAAAUGUUGUUACUAUUGAUGUUCAAAGAUCACAAUGCCCGUAUAUAUAAAAAUAAUUUAAUUUAAUGCAAGUUUGUAAAUGGAAGUUUGCUUAGGCUAGUGUGUUUAAUAGAGAGCUUUAUUUAUGCUCUAGAACUAUGUCCACCGCGUAAUAUAAACCUUCAUUACACUUAAGCAACUACGAAUAAUAUUUAUUUAAACAACAAAAGUCGCGUUAAAAAGACUUUUUUUAAUAUUUGUCUCCGAUACUACAUGUAGAAUUUAAAUCGAUUAUAUUACGUCAAAGAAAAUGGCUGAAUAUGAAAAUUUUGGGUUGCCGGUCCAAAAAGCUGUGAUUCUUUUUUACGGGUUUAAUACCAAUGAACUGUGAUGUCAUUUCAAAUUCCAUUUGAAAUACUUGUCUGUUAUAUGUAAGUUGUUUUUCUUGUAGAAAUCUUCCAAAUUGUAUUUUUAUUUACACAGAAGUUUUGUUAAUGCAUAUUUUUGGAAUAUCAAUUUUUUCAGACAUAUAGACCUUUUUACAAUACGAUUUUUCCAUAGCAUACAUGUUGCAUUUCGCGCAUGCGCAUUCUGCGUAGAGCAAACGCGCAAUAACGAUAGACUACAUUUAGCGUACUUGAAGGCAAUAAAAGACGUGAUUAUAAGUUAUGAAAACAGAAUAUUUGUGAUGAAUUAAAGCAGUAAGAACUUCAAGCGUG